AUGGCAGCACUGUCUCUUGGACUGGUGAUGUCACAGCUGGUUGUCAGAGCACUUGUUAUCGAUCUGUAUGUGACUCUAACUCUAGGCAGUGCAGUUAAAGUCGAUCUGUAUGUGACUCUAACCCUAGGCAGUGCAGUUAAAGUCGAUCUGUAUGUGACUCUAACCCUAGGCAGUGCAAUUAAAGUCGGUCUGUAUGUGACUCUAACCCUAGGCAGUGCAGUUAAAGUCGGUCUGUAUGUGACUCUAACCCUAGGUAGCGCAGUUAAAGUCGAUCUGUAUGUGACUCUAACCCUAGGUAGCGCAGUUAAAGUCGAUCUGUAUGUGACUCUAACCCUAGGCAGUGCAGUUAAAGUCCUGUCUCAGCCGGGGAACACAGUACAGUUUCCAUGUGACUACAGCUAUGAAGACCACCAGGACAUCCCACAGCUGUCUGUCCAGUGGAGAGGCCCGAGCAACACGCUCCUCUGUCACUACAUCAAACACAAGGUCUUCCGGAACUGCACCCAGGGCUACUCACUGGACUACACGCCUAGGAAGAUCACUCUGAGCAUCACAGAGGUCAGAACGCAAGACUUCGGAUCUCACGUCUGCUCCGUUAGCAAGAGACACGAGUUCACGGACUUUAGCAUCGAGCUAGCCGUGAAGACAGAUCCCAUCACUUCCUUACCGACGAACAGGUGGGCUCAGUCAGGUCUUCCUGAGGGACAUCUUGUUGUCCUUGUCUGCUCUGUGUUGGUCAGCACCUGGGGAUGAACAGUAAAAAUACUGGGAAAAUAAAGAACAGAUUGAGAUGACAC